GUGAUCAACUAGAAAAAAAGUUAUUGAUCGUGUAAGCUCACAGUAAUGAAAUGCGGUGAAGACCGCUUAUGGGAUUGCAACACUGCGGCUAUUGGAAAUUUUUUGACGUUGCUUUUCUCAAAAAUUCGCAUUAUUUAUUUGGUGUUGUUUUGCAGUAAUUGUUUGUUUUAGCAUGUCAAACUCCAGUAGAAGUCGUACUCCUUUAAAAGGUUCAAUGAUAAAGGAAGAUUCACCUGAGGAUGGAUUGUAUUCAUUGGAGAAAUUGCGCACAUCUCCCGAACUGUGGCCUGAAAAGAUUCCUGGUAUAAGUAAUUUUAUUGCAAUGAGUGACACCCCAAUACGUACGCCGGUGCCGCAGUGGUCGAAGGAUCUAUCGCAGGAAGACAUUAAUGCCAUGAUGCAGCUAAGCAAUAUGCCAUUCAGUAACCUAAUAAUGGAGAUCAAAAAAACGUACGAUGAAGCAUACCAGCUGGGCGUGUCCGAGGCUAAAGAGAUGACGCGGGGCAAAUACUUGGGUAUAUUUAGCAAUACCAAGAAAAAAUCGAUUUGAAUUUAACUUUCGAAAAUAUUUUAACUCUGCUUAAAUGUUUGCAAUGAUUUUAAAAAUUAUAGAAUUAUAUAAAAAAUAGUUUUAAUUGUAAAAACACUGCUAGACUUUUUAUACGAGUACAAAUGCAUUUGUUAUGAAAUAAAAACGUAUUAUCAAAUUU